CAGCAUAACCACAACAUAAACCCCAACUGAAGCAAACACCACACUCAAACAGCAACCACCAAGAAUCCCAACAGACCAAUCCGCUUCGACGCCCCGUCACACCGUGUAGAUACCCCCGUGAGCCUGUUGCACAUACUAGCGCCCCAAUAUAUGUUUCCCCUCGGAAACAACCUCCAAACAGGCAACAAUGCCACGAAGAUCUCGCGCCCGCGACACACUCGAAGAAGAAGUCUACGACCGCGACCGCGAUCUCUACCCCCGUCACGGCCAUGGACGCGGUAGAGACCGCCGCCGCAUCUUCAAGGAAGAGGAGGAGGAGCUCAAGUAUGAGCGACGAGUCCCGCCGCCUCCACCGCCGCCGCCUCUGCCGAUGGCUGUACCGGUAGAACGACUUGAGCGGCUUCGUUUACGGGAAGAGCGGGCGCGAGGGCCUGAGAUGAUCGUUCCUGUCCCGCCACCGCCGCCGAAAUUGGUUAGGGAGGAGGUUAAGGUCAUGCCUGUGCGACGGCCGCUGAGGGAUAUGGAUAGGGGGUUUGAGAGGGAGAGGGAUUGGCGGGGGAGAACGAGGUAUCGCGGGGUGGAUCUGGAGAAAGAGAGGUUUGUUUUGGAGGAGGUGGAAGAGGAAGAGGAAGAGGAGGAGGAAGGGUCAUCGUCCGAAUCGGAGAGUAGUAGUCUUGAGGAGAGUGAUACGGAAGAGGAAGAGGAUAUGGUCGUUGUGCCGCGGAAGGGGAGGCCGAAGCAGAGGCUUGAGGAGUUUGGUGGCUCGGGAGCUUUUGGUCAUGGUCAUGAUCAAGAUCAUCCGUCACGGAGUAAGAGUCUGAAAGAGGGGUUCAGAGGGGCUCGAGAUCCUAGAUUCGAGCAGGAUGAGGUGUUGAAGCGGUACCAUGAGCGGAAUCGCAGUGGUCCGGUCUAUGCACGAUCACAGCAUAGACACCAUUCUCAUCGGCAUAGGGAUCUCGAGGAUGCUGAUAGUGAGCUCGAGGAGGAGGUGGACGAAGAGGUCUUCCGUCGGAAGCUCAGGGAGCGCAGACAUGGCGGACAUGUGGUCGAAGAGGAAGAAAUCCGACGGUCAUCUUCGGAGAUGGAAAGGUCAGGGCCACCCUCGCCGAAGAGGUUCCCAGCCUUCCCAGAAAGACAUGUCUACGAGGAGUCUCGAAAGAUCUACCCUCCUCGGCCGCCCAAUCCAGACUUUGUUUAUGAGUCCGAGACUCACCAUCGAGAAAGAUCAAGCAGAGGGCGACUGGACAGGACUGAGAUACCCAUCAUCCGGCCGAAGAAGAAGAGUGGCUUUCCCGCACCGCAUCCAGACCCUUACCGGCGUUCGAAGGACGGUCUUCCUCUCGUGCCUCCUGAACCGAAGAUUGCGGAACGAGAAAAGGAAGUGCUCACUGUGGUACGACGCGACGGCAGCCACGAGUCGCUCAAGGAAGAGGAGUUCCUCGAAGAGGACUACUAUGCGCCUCCUGAUCCUCGUCACUUCCCGAAGAAGGUAUCCAAGGAAAAGAGAGAACUGGAUUUUGUCGGGCCUGGCCACCGAGCAAAACAUGAUAGAGCUGCACCAGACAUCGAUGCAUUGCGAUAUCCCGAUCGGACCCCCAAACAUGGCUUUGGUGAACCCAAACACUCCGACUCCGACUCUAGCCGCCAAUUCGGCAGGAUAGGCAGACGAUAUGUCGGUGUCAAGGACCGUCGCGAACGCCUCUGGACCGAAAUCACGAGGGAUUUGGUCGUGAAGGAAGCCCUUGAACGGGCGGGCUAUGAGUACGAAGAGACGGAAACGUCGUAUUUCAUAUUUACUUACUUGGACAAGGAGGAGGUAGAUGCACUCAUUGAGCAUUCCGAGGACAUUCGCCGCGCACGCCGCCGACGGGUCCAGGAGAUCCACCGCGAGCGAACCGCGUUGCCUGGUGCUGCUGCUCCUAUUGCUCCGCCGCCACCACCGCCGCCUGCAUCGGACAAGACCGGUCCCCUGCUGCUGGACAGCCCGCCUCCACGCUUUCCUCGAGAGGAGCGACGAAGAACGGAGCGAGAGAUGGUUGCAGAAGGAGGCCGUUGGAGGCCGCCACCGCCUCGGCCGGAGCGGUGGUGACGAACCUUGGUCAGCAGCAAAAGUACAUGAGCAGAAAGACCGUCGACAUGUGUCCGUGGCUGCUUUGACAUAUUUCAUGUGCGAUACCCUGCAUCUUGA